GUUAGCAAUUGAAAUUUCAAGGUUAUGACGAGUAUCGUAGGCAAAGUCUGCUGUGACAGCGUAGCACGGUGAACCGUACGUGAAAACUCGGGGGCGAAGCAGUGACAGGGACAGGAUGCGUGGCAAGUGAUAAGCCUAUGUACCGGUGCCGAUCGGUGAUAUGUGUCACUCCUGCGUGUAAAGUGCCACGAUUGACUUCUUCAGGUCGUUCUAAACGCUUCUGAUAAUGGCAACGGGUGAUUCGAGACGUGUUGCAUUGAUAACAGGUAUCACAGGCCAGGAUGGAUCGUAUCUGGCAGAGUUUCUGCUGGACAAGGGAUACGAUGUUCAUGGGAUAAUCAGACGUGCAAGUACUUUCAACACUGCACGUAUUCAGCAUCUUUAUGCCGAUCCCAAAUCUCAUAGGCAAGGAAAAAUGAAGCUGCACUAUGGUGACAUGACAGACUCCAGCUGUCUUGUCAAAAUCAUCAGUGCUGUUCAACCGACAGAAAUCUACAAUCUUGCUGCCCAGAGUCAUGUUAAGGUGAGCUUUGAAUUAAGUGAAUACACUGCUGAAGUCGAUGCAGUAGGCACUUUAAGAUUACUUGAUGCUAUAAGAACUUGCGGCCUCGAGAAAUCAGUGCGAUUUUAUCAAGCUUCGACAUCUGAGUUAUAUGGUAGAGUAGCUGAAGUGCCACAGACGGAGAAAACACCUUUUUACCCACGUUCUCCGUAUGCUUGUGCAAAGAUGUAUGGAUUCUGGAUAGUGAUAAAUUACCGAGAAGCUUACGGCAUGUAUGCCUGUAAUGGAAUAUUAUUUAAUCACGAAAGUCCGAGAAGAGGGGAAAAUUUUGUGACGCGAAAAAUUACCAGAUCUGCUGCAAAAAUAGAACUGGGUUUGCAAGAAGUCUUGGAACUCGGGAACUUGGAUUCCCAACGAGACUGGGGACAUGCUAAAGAUUAUGUCGAGGCAAUGUGGCUGAUGCUACAACAGUCGGUCGCAGAUGACUUUGUUAUAGCAACUGGUGAAACUCACAGUGUCAGAGAGUUUGUUGAAGCCUCAUUUAAUUACAUUGGUCGAACUAUUAAAUGGGAGGGCGAGGGUGUCAACGAAAUUGGUCGUGAUGCUGCUUCUGGGCAGCUCCUGGUUCGGGUUAAUCCAAAAUACUUCCGUCCAACCGAAGUGGACUUACUGCUGGGUGAUGCUUCAAAAGCCAAAGAAAAGUUUGGAUGGCAGCCCACAGUUAAAUUCGAAGAACUGGUGAAGGAUAUGAUGAAAGCUGAUCUCGAACUGAUGCGCAAAAAUCCGAAUGCUUAGCUGCGGCCGUUACUGCUUCGAUAAAAUUUCUGCAUUUAUACCACUUUAACUUGUCAGGAGUAUAGAUACUUAGAUACUAGAGCGGUGUGAAGAAUGAUUAAAGGCAUAUUUACAGAGCAACGCAAAAGUAAUCCGUGAUUUGACAGAAACGUGGUCUCCUGACUAAAUGUUCGUGAUCGCGAGAGCCGAAUAACGCUGCACAGUACGGUAAAAACAGACACCAUGCUCAAAACUCUGAGAAGUCAUGUAUUUGGCAAAAAAUAUCCGGAGAGUGCAAGAUUUUUCGACACAAUCCACCGAAACUUCCUCCCAUGAGCUGUUUAACCAAAACGUAACAUCUUUUAUCAUUAUUUUGCUUAAGCUUUGUGAAAUUUACGUGUCAUUUUGAACUCCCUGAACGAAGUAAUGCGUAGACAUUUCCCGCACUUGAAGCUUGAAAUAAAGAAGUGGUAAACUGUUUAUUAUAAUUGUUGAAAAUUACCAGAAGGAAUUAUAUUAUUUUUUGCUAUAAUUAUACUCGAAAAUGAAACGAACCAGCACUAUCGUAUCAGGUUUCCACGAAUCUCUACUAAAUGGCUUCCAUGAAAACUUAAUUCGAUAUUGUUUGUGGGUUUGAUCUCACUGUAAAAUCCUAACAAUUUACAAUCCAAUUCUUUCUUGUGCUUUUAAAUCAUUAUGAUAAACAGUUCACCAGGUAAUUAUUUAGAAUUUCGAAUCAACGAUUUUGAGCCCUCUGAAAGGUACACCUUGAACCUGAUAAAAUGUCCGCGCAGUUAUAGAGAUAUUGAGUAAAUAGAAUGGAGCCUGCCCCCGCCCCAAUCCAACAAGUUUGUCCGACACCACAUUGCUUCUAAAGUCUACUAUAUUUGGAAUUUUUCAUAGUAGCAAAUUUCGAUGACUGACAGUUUUCAUGUAUAAAUUAAAUUCAUUAUGUAUACACGGAGCCUUAUAUCGGAAACUAAUUUAUUAACAAUAAAGAACAUGCAUGUCAAACUUCGUCAAGAUAAGUGCUUGCAUUUGCAGUCUGAAAAAAAUUCAGAUACAGUGUGAUGUGUAACAGCGAUUAGCUGUAUUUGUAAAGUAUUCAUCGCAUAUAUUUUUUUCAUCAUUAGGGAGUUUAGAAACAAGUAUAAUUUGUAUAGACCAGCAAGAGUCAUUGCAACUAUUUUACCUUCAAAGAAUAUAUAUACAUAUGUAUAUUAGGGUGUGCCAAAUAAAUGUUUUUUUUCUGUUAUCAUUUCCCAUAUAAAAAAUCAGUGCUUUCAUGUAUUAUAAGAAGCGUCGUUUCAUUCAUUUUUUACAUGGGAAAUGAUGAAAGAAAUAAAAUUUUGUUUAUUGCACACUAAUGUAUGUAUGAGGCUUCAUUAUUUUUUAAGUAGUGAUUUCAACAUUAAGAUUGAUCAGAUUUUGUUACCUUCCUAUAAGGGUAGUAAACGCUGCAACAGGUCAAAUUCAUUUCACUAAUCUAUUCUAACGGUAAAUAAACGAUUCCGAAAAAAUAUUUAUAGUUUCUUCUCGAUUGUAGGCAAACGAUGAAAUUACUAUGAAUACUUGAGAUAUAAAUAUAGAAAAAAAUUUAUAUUUUGAUAUAUAUAUGACACCUAACUUUCGGAAAUUCAAAUUUCAUGGAACUUAGGAUGUGAAUACGAAUUCAUAAAAGAUCGUGAGUGACUGUUCUAUAUGUAAACAGUAGACACAAUUAUCAUUUUUUCUAUUACUGUGAACAUUGUUGUAGAUAUUACACCGAGGAAAGCAUAAGUCAAAUAAGUUAUAGGCACCAAAAUUGUCGUACAUGUGAGAAUUUGAUAUGUAAGUUUUACUGCACUUGUUACAAUUUAUUACGAUCAAAGUGCAUAUAAGGAUUUAAUCGAGGGAUGCCUGUAUCAACAGUUUGUUUUUCUCUGUUUAGAAAUAUUACCGGUGUUAAUUGACGUUAUGCAAGGGUUUUGUCAAAGGGGUGUGUUAAAUUUUGACGAAGUCAUACAUUUGGGUGGUAUCGUUUUCUAAGGAUUUAUUUUAGCACAAAAGCAUUGUAGGUAUACAUUUAGGAAAAAAUGUUAUUCCAUUAAAAACUAAGUAUUAUAUAUGCAAAAUAAUUUAUCUAUAAAAUUUAGAUAUUCCAGAUAGUCCAAAUCUUUGGAGUUCGUUUUACGGUUUUAAUAAAAUGCUUGUAUAAAAUUCGAAUUUCAUAAGUUUAAAACUUUUUGAACCUUUUUCGACGUUGUCGCUAAAAUGCCAAAUAUAUGUUUGUAAAAAGCA